GGUACCGGGCGGCUGGCAGGUGUGGUCGGAAGCGGCCCGGUCCGGUAUCUGGCCCGGAACCGGGGUGCUGGGCUUGCUGGUUCUUCUGCACUGGGUUUUCAGGGAAGGAGUAGGUAAACGUUGAGUUAAACGCUGAAGGGUGAAAAGAAGAAACGCAACUUUCGGGCGUCUCCGCGGUUGUCUUUAAAAACGAAAGCAAAAGCCGUUUUUAUUUCGCGAUUCUGAAACCCCAGAAGAACAGACAGUGCGCUGCUGCCUGGAGCCGGAGCCGUUUUUUAUUUCUUGUUUACCGUCUUUUUAAAAUCGCUCCCGGGUUUCUGUCGGGAGAUCGGCUGUGACAGCUGUGUGUGACGGGACUUUGCUCAGGGGCUGGUGUUCAGUGAGAGGAUUAACACCGUUUUCACCAAGGCUCCAGUCCAGCACCCGAUCCGCAGAAACACACACACACCGGUUCAAGACGGGAGUCCCGGAGUCCGGCAACUGAGGCGUGAAGAUGACCGCGGUGGCCUCAGACCCUCUCAGAGUAGUGCUGGUUGGGCUCAGCGGAGUGGGGAAGAGUGCAUCAGGAAACACCAUCCUGGGCAGAGAGGAGUUCGGAUCAGAGACCAGCCCCUCCUCACUCACUCUGAGGAGCCAGGAGGCGCAGGGAGAGGUGUGUGGGAGAAGAGUCACUGUGGUCGACACCCCAGGCCUGUUCAACACUGAGCUCUCUGACAAGGAUCUGAGAGGAGAGAUCCGGAGAGCUGUCCCGCUGUCGGCCCCUGGACCCCACGCUGUCCUCCUGGUCAUCCAGCUGGGCCGCUUCUCCCAGCAGGAGAAGAGAGCAGUGGAGACCCUGCAGGAGCUGCUGGGAGAGGGGGUGAGCCGGUACACAGUGGUCCUCUUCACUCACGGAGACAGGCUGAGAGGCAGGAGUCUCCAGGAGUUUGUCCAGCAGGAUGGGAACCUGCAGAGGAUCAUUCAGAAAUGUGGGAACAGGUGUCACCUCUUCAACAACACUGACAGGGGAGACGGCUCUCAGGUCAGGGAGCUCUUGGAGAAGGUGGAGAAGCUGGUGGAGGAGAACGGCGGGGCCUACAAUCCCAUGACCAAACCACGCGCUGUGGGCAGGUGGAUGCUGAUCCACCUGGUCUCAGUGCUGGCAGGGAUGGCGGUAGGGGCUGCCACGGUGCCCAGGGAACAAGCAUGGGUGGCAAGGGCGGCACUGGGAGCCCUGAUUGGGGGAUUGACAGGCAUCUGCCUCUCCAGCCUCUCCAGCUUCCUUCUUGACCUGGGAACACGGAGAUCUGCCGGCUCUGAGGAAGACCGCCGAAAAGACCGCUGAGGAUCGCAGUGACCGCUAACAGGCCUCUCCGGCACAGCUCCGGGGUCUGCAGGAGGUGACCGCUGGGCUGGACAGGCAGCACGUAGUGGUGACCAUUGUCCACUGUGCAGCAUGUUCAACACGGCAACAGGACCAACUGGACAGUUCGGAGACCCAGCCCGUCUGUGAGUCAGUAAACCGGACAAGGUCAUCACUGUCCCUUCUGUCCUACAGCACAGUGACACUGGAAAACUGCUGCACAGCUGAAAUUCAAUAAAAUACAGCAAAAAUAAA